UCAUGAAGAAGAAGACGAAGGGGAGGAGUUGUGAUUGACAGUUUGCUGACACACGGUUCCCAGGGCAUGACGACUCUCAUCAGCAAGGGAAACAGCAAAGCUCUGAAGGUGAAAAGAGAGCCGGGGGAAAAUGGCACGAGUCUCACUGAUGAAGAACUGGUCACCAUGUCUGUGCGGGAGCUGAAUCAACAUCUCCGUGGCCUGUCCAAAGAGGAAAUCAUCCAACUGAAGCAGCGGCGGCGCACCCUUAAGAACAGAGGCUAUGCCGCUAGCUGCAGAGUGAAACGCGUCACCCAGAAGGAGGAGCUGGAGAAGCAGAAAGCGGAGCUGCAGCAAGAGGUAGAGAAGCUGGCCUCG